AUGUCAAUCAACAAGUUAAAUCUUUUACUGUUGCAGCUUCUGCUCAUCGUCAAUCUGGGAAUCGGUUGCUGGGCGCGUCCGAAGUGGCAACAACAACAAGAUGCCGCCCUCAAUGAGGUGACCUCCCAGGAAGUUCCAAUUGCUGCUGAACAAAUUCCCAAUAAUUUAAUCGAAGAGCUCUCCGCCUUGCGUUCACCUCGUGGCUACUACAAAAAGCGUCGCUCCUUUUACAAGACUCAAGCUGUAUUGCAACACAGCCAAAUUCGGGGGCGUUUCUACAAUGUGCCAGCUGACGGGUAUCCAGAAGUCGGGGUCAUACCGCCCGGUGGUGCCAACUACUACAGCAAUGAGGUGUUGCCGCUGUCCACCUACGAGAUCUACGAGCCGGAGACCAUGUAUUAUUAACUUGAAAAACAUUAAUACUUUGCGUAUAACAA